AUGACAACACAGGUGUACGAGGCCCUUAAUGAUCCCAAUGUCUCAUGGCACUGUGUUAAAUGUGGCCUGCCACAGUUCUCAAGCAGUCUUUUUGAUCAUACUCACCUUGAAACGUCCAACACCUUUGAAACGCUGGAUCUCUCAACUGACAACACCACCGGCUAUAGUGGUAGUGAUGCCGAGCAGGACACUAUCAGCAGCUCUUCCUCUUCCACUGCGAGUUUUGGCCCACCACAGCACACUUCCUCACCCACAAAGCGCAGAAAGAAGGGAUCCAAGCAAGAACAACAACUUCGUAGCAUGAAAGUCCUUAAUGUAAACUUCCAGAGUAUAAGGAACAAGAAGGAGGAAUUGGCUGUUCUUAUAGAAUCAACAAAACCCAGUAUCAUCAUUGGGACGGAAACCUGGCUCACCAGCUCAAUUUUCACCUCAGAGAUUUUCCCGCCUAGCUACAGCGUAGUGCGAAAAGACCGCGUGGGUGGUCAUGGUGGAGUCCUACUAGCAGUAAGAAGUGACUUAACAUAUAACACCUUGCAAAUACAAGACGAAGGAGAACAUGUAUACAUCAAGUUGUCAUUCGGAAAAGAUGUAAGCCUGAUUGUGGGAGCCCUGUAUCGCCCUCCCAACAGCGACAUGCAAUACAUGGAUAAGAUCUGUUCUACGAUCGAAGAACUCUCUGUCCAGAACAGAAAGGCAGUCUUGUGGAUAGGUGGUGACUUCAACUUACCAGACAUUAAUUGGGAAGACUUAAGUGUUGGUGGUCACAGUAACCCAGCUUCUAUCAACAAUCGAUUCCUAGACAUGAUCCAGAACUGCAACUUACAACAGAUGGUUACCUUUCCAACACGAGGAGAUAAUGUACUUGAUCUCUUCUUAACCAACAGACCAACGCUGAUCAACAAAUGUUCUCUACUACCUGGUCUUGGUGAUCAUGACAUUGUUGGUGUUGAUUCAGAUGUAACAGCGAAAAGGAGUAAGCCGGUGAAAAGAAAAAUCUACCUAUGGAAGAAAGCCAAUCUGCUGGGAAUGAAACAGGACUGCCGUCAGUUUCAGCAAGAGUUCGUGCACAAAUAUACCGAACAGAGCUCAGUUCAUGAGAUGUGGAACUGUUUCAAGAUCAGCCUGCUAAACAUGAUGGACAGCCACGUACCAGCGAAAAUGACAUCCACUCGCUUUAGUCAGCCAUGGGUCACAAGGUCGGUGAAACGGUCAUCAAGGAGGAAAAAGCGGGCCUUCAAUCAUGCCUUAGCGACUGACAGACAGGAGGAUUUCAACAGAUACCGUGAGAUCAAGAAAUCAACUCAAGCAGCCUGCAAACAAGCUUACAGUGAAUACAUCAACAACAUCAUCAGCCCUGACUCCAAGGCAAACCCAAGCGAUUCUGGAGUUUCAUUAACAGUAAGAGGAACGACCGUACUGGAGUAG